AUGGAAGUAUUAGUAGAUUAUCAUUUUGCAGGAAAUAAAGAAGUUCUGUUUGACUAAAAGGGAUAAAGCAUUCAAGGUGUUAUAAAUCUUUUGCAUUAAACCAAAGAUGUAGCUGAUAAGCAUUUCACUGCUUUGCUAAAUGAAAAAGAAGGUGAUCUCAAAGAAGAUCCAUUGAAAAAGAAAAAAACUAGUGAAAAUGAUUUAGACGAUAAUAACGAUGGAGAUGGAAUGGAAGAAGAAAAUGAUAAUUAAGAUAAUAAAAUUGUAGAAGAAAAAGAUUGA